CCUGCGCCGGAGCCUGCAGGAUAGGGAAGGAACCGGGGUUCCGAGGGCCGCGUCGGGACACGUAGGUCUGCACCGUCGUCUCCCUAGAGGCCCGGCCGGAGGCGCUACAGUUUGACGCCCGCGCCCCUCUUGUUUUCGAAGGGAUAGCGCUCUUCCGACCUGCUCCGCCUCAGCUUCUCGCCCCUCCUCCCGAGGCCGUAGCCCCCAGUUUAGGUGGGGCGGUGCAGCCUGAGCUCCCGGACCCGGAAGAAGCACCGUCCCCCGCCUACGCCAUGGAGCCCACCGCGCUGUCCCUCACUGAGGAGGACCUGACUGAAGUAAAGAAGGACGCUUUAGAAAAUUUGCGCGUAUAUCUGUGUGAAAAAAUCAUAGCUGAGAGACAUUUUGAUCAUCUACGUGCAAAAAAAAUACUGAGUAGAGAAGACACUGAAGAAAUUUCUUGCCGAACAUCAAGUAGAAAAAGGGCUGGAAAAUUGUUAGACUACUUACAAGAAAACCCCAAAGGACUAGAUACCCUUGUUGAAUCUAUUCGGCGAGAAAAAACACAGAACUUCCUGAUACAGAAGAUUACAGAUGAAGUGCUGAAACUUCGAAAUAUAAAACUAGAACAUCUGAAAGGACUAAAAUGUAGCAACUGUGAGCCUUUUCCAGAUGGAGCUACAAACAGCUUCACUCGAUCGAAUUCAAAUGAGACUAAUUUCUCUGAAAAAAGGAGAACAUCCACUAUCAUGUACCAUCCAGAAGGAGAAUCCAGCACAGCCCCCUUUUUUUCGACUGAUUCAUCUCUGAAUUUGCCUGUUCUAGAAGUAGGCAAAACUGAAAAUCCUACAUUUUCUUCAACUACACUUCCCCGACCUGGGGAUCCUGGGGCUCCUCCUUUGCCCCCAGAGCUGCAGUUAGAAGAAGGAACUUGUGGAAACUCUAGUGAGAUGUUUCUUCCCCUAAGAUCACGUGCUCUUUCACGGCAAUGACAAUUCAUAGCCUUUUAAUUUUUUAAAUAAUGACUAAUAUUUAAAAGGAUAUGAAUCUUUUUAUAAAACAUCAGUAAUGACUUAUUAAUACCCAAUACAUGUCUUUUGAAAUGCAAUGUAAGCACACUUUGUAAAUAGACUUUUGGGGGGAGGGAAGAACAUAUUUUUAGAUAGCUAAAGUAAAUCAUGUGGAUCAUGUACUUCUCAGAAUUUUGUAUUUUUUUAAUAGUUUAUUUUGUAUUAUAUUUUUUUCCAUUACCAUUUAUCCCCCUUAUACCUUCUUUCAGGUAUUUAGUGUUUUCACAUUUUUUAGGUUUUGAGACCAGUUUUAAUAGGGAACAUUUGUCUAUUUGAUAAUAGAGUCUUAAGCUGGGAAUGAUGUUUCUCAGUGCAUUUGUGCUAGAAAUUUUCAGUCUAAUUUUUCCAUCUAGGUAGCAGUAAAUGUUCAGGAUUAAGCGGUUUCUAAUUAAUAAUAAAGCCAAUCACUGAUGGGAAAAACUGCUAGUGUACCGGAAAAAAAAAACCUUUCCUACUCAGUUUGGCUUACAGACACUUAACAGAGUCCCCUUCUGAUGUGGAGGGAACAUCUGACUAGUUUGAGCCACCUAAGAUCUCAAUUUGCCAAAAUACAUUUAUUAACCUUACUAAUUCAUGCUACUUUCUUAAGAUUUUCACAUUCUUUAGCAUUUUCAUUCCUAAAGAAAAAUCUUUACAAAAACCUGUUACUACAUAUAAUUUGGUGAAAUUUCUAAAAUUUCUGUACUUUUCAUUCUCUUUCAGUGAGCACCACUGUAUGAAUUGAAAUAACUAGAACAAAAUGUUUUUUUCCCUAUGUGUGACAAUCUGUUUUUAAUACUAUUUGGAACAAGCAGGCCAUAAAUUUGAUUUGCCUUUUUGUUGUAUCACAAAGGUUUACUAAAUUUAUGCAUUUAUAAAUUAUGUCCUCAUUGUGUUCACUUAAAGUAUAAUUCUAUUUCUUGGUAGUUCUAUAAUAUAUUUCCAUUACUUGAAAAAGACAGAGAUGGAAACAUGCUAUUAACAAUAAAAGUUUUUGAAUUGUGUUAUGUUUUGGAAGUUUCAGACUUUUUAAUAGAAAGUAAAUAUCUAAAACACUUACUUUAAAUGUGCUAAUUUUUAUAGAAAACAUUUCAAGUUGUGAGACCAAGUUGCAUUUCUGGAUAAACUGAUGAAUUUAUCAGUCCUGAAGAAGACUGACAUUGGUUUUAAAAAUUUUUUAAAGUCUGGGUAAUUUUUGUAGUAGAAACAUUUUCUAAGGAUUAUGGAGAGACAUGUUUCACAUCCAGGGUAGCAUGAGAAAAUAGUGGCAUUACAUUUAAAGAGCUUAGCAUUUGUCAUUAGAGAGGGGUAGGGAGAGAAAAAGCGAGAGAGAAACAUCAGUUUGUUGCCUCUCGCAUGCACCCCAGCCGGACCCAGACUGGGAAUAAAACUGGUGACCUUUCAGUGUGCGGGAAGAUGCUCAAUCAACUGAGAGUGCAUGGUAUUACAUUUAAAUAUUUUUUAAAAGCAGAAGCAGCCUUUUCAUUUUAUUAAAAUAAAAUUUGAUAUGCAAUUAUUUUAAAUUUAAAUAGGAUCUUCUUAGAAUCAAAGACCAUAAU